GCUCUGAGGAAGGAGGAGGUGAUGAUGAUGAAGGAGGGACGAGGAGGAGGAGGAAGAGGAGGGCUGAUGUGUGCUGAUCAGCAGCAGGUCUGAUGAUGAUGAUGAGGGUGAUGAUGAUGAUGAUGAUGAUGAUGAUGAUGAUGCUGUGAGUCAGAGAGCGGGGGGUUCAUGAUGCUCACAGCCGCUCAGGAGUGAAGGCAGCCCGCAUACACAGAGAGCGACGCUCCGCAGAGACACGCAUUCAGGUCAUCUAUCGAGAGCAGCAGGCAAACUCAAACUCCCAGCAUGCCCGAGCAGAGCAACGACUACCGGGUGGUGGUGUUUGGAGCCGGGGGGGUGGGGAAGAGCUCGCUGGUCCUUCGGUUUGUGAAAGGCACGUUCAGAGACACCUACAUCCCCACAGUGGAGGACACCUACAGACAGGUGAUCAGCUGUGAUAAGAGCGUCUGCACGCUGCAGAUCACAGACACAACAGGAAGUCAUCAGUUCCCCGCCAUGCAGCGCCUCUCCAUCUCCAAAGGACACGCCUUCAUCCUGGUUUUUUCCAUCACCAGCCGCCAAUCACUGGAGGAGCUCAAACCCAUUUACCAGCAGGUUCUGGCCAUCAAAGGCACCGUGGAGGCCAUUCCCAUCAUGCUCGUGGGCAACAAGAGUGAUGAGACGCACCAGCGUGAGGUGGACACGAAGGAGGGCCAGGCUCAGGCCAACGCCUGGAAGUGUGCCUUCAUGGAGACGUCGGCCAAGACCAACUCCAAUGUGAAGGAGCUGUUCCAGGAGCUGCUGUCUCUGGAGAAGAAGAGGGACAUGAGUCUGAGCAUCGACGGGAAGCGCUCGGGGAAACAGAAACGAGCCGACAAGCUGAAGGGGAAGUGCAGCAUCAUGUAGAGCGAGGAAAACGAGGAGAGAAAACUGAAUGUGGAAAACAGAAACAAGAGGGGGGGGGGGGGGAGGGGAAGUGAGACGGCCCCUCCUGUCUGUCCUCAGCUCUGCAUCACGAGGGAGACGUCUUCUUCUUCUUCUUUGGUGGCUGUCCUCCUCCGUCUGUCUGAGCAGUGAAGCCGAGAGGAACAAAUUAAUGUUGAUUAGAGAAACUUUACAGGGCCUCGAGCUCGUCCCUACCCUGACCUGGAAUGUGUCUGUAACCCCCGAAAACACUUUAAAGUUUACACAGCAGACCGACUGCUGCCACGGCAACCAUCACACCUUCUCUUAAAGGAAUACUCCGCUGUUUCACAUGAACACCAAGUCUGAAUGGAAACACCUGUAUUUAUCCAAUGUGUUCUACAUUUUACAGUCACAGUUGGUUUUUUAAAGCAGUUCCUACAAAACUAAACUAAAGGAAAAAGUGCCUGAAACCCGGCUGGUAAAAAGGACUCGGCUUUAAAUUGGCGAGGAGCUUCAUUUAGUUUCCCCUAAAAUGCAAAAAAGCCAUUAGGCCUCGUGUCCACCUGGCGGUUUUUUCUUUUGUCCGUUGUUUCCAACGAGUAGAGAGCGUUCGCAGCAGCAGGCGGCCGCCCGGAGAGCGUAGCGCCUAGCAUCUUUUUUUCCGAGUGCUCCGCCUGUUUUGCAUGGCCGCUCCAAGUGAAAAAAAUGUACCGUUCAUAAAGGCGUUGUUAACGUAACCGGCGCUCUUUUCAACAUAGCUUAGCUUAGCUUAGCCAUUUAUCUCGUUCCCUCAUCCUCCUCGCUCCGUGUCUGAUCGGGAAAUAUAAAACAUGCAGUAAAAAGUAACGGAGCAGUGUCGCUCAUACAGCGGUAACCGUUGUCAACAGACUGUUGUCAUGGAGACAGGACGGACGUGCAGCACUUUUCCGCGCACAAACGCUUCAUGCAAACGCUCCAGAGCGCACAGCCAGCGCUUUACCGCCCGAGAAAACGCCAUGUGGACACGGACCCUAACCUUAGAUAUCCGCUCUGGAUUAGCACACACGCUGUUAGCUCUUAUUGAUGACCAUGCAGUCCUGACGCAGCUACAUGAACAUGAAGAGUGAAGUAUUCCUUUAGCCAAUGAGACAGCUGACAUCCUGACUGUCAUUGAUUGAUCGUCUUCAUCACAGACCGUACACAACAGGAUGUUCAGCUCAGCUUCCUGCUCUCAUUAACGCCUACACACAGGCUAACGGUCGGUUAGUGCAGUGUUUCAGCGGCUUGCUCUCCUGCUGACAGGUGUGUGUGUGUGUGUGUGUGUGUGUGUGUGUG